AUGAACGGGGAGCCUGAAGAGUUAUCUGAUACUACCACAAAUUGUAAUUUCACGUCUACAUCGGAAGCGAUGUCAGACAUCAAUCAAGCUAAAUUGGACACGUUAGAAAAAAAGGCAGUACAUUUGAGGUUGGUGUUAGAAAAAGACUUUAAAGCUGCCGAUUUUAAGUGGAGUUUAUUCGUUGCUGCCGCAUUCAGCUUCAGAUAUGAAAGCUGCCUAAGACCAUUUCCUCCAGCUUUUAUAAAAAAUGGUGUCAAGGAUAUGGAUGAAUUACUGAAUGUAUUGACUGAUGUACCCGCACUCGAUUUAUUUCUACAGCAGCUAGAUGAUUUAGAUAAUUUAACCAAAAUAAGUGAUAUAAUUGAUUUACUAUUCUACGUACUUGUCAGAUUAAAAGAACCAAGUCUCAAAACUGUGCCAGCUGAAUUGUAUGAAUCAAUUCUUGCAAUUACGAAUUCUUCACCUACGCCACUACCUCAAUAUAUAUUUCAAGUAUGUUACUCAAAAACAUCUCAUGGCGAACAGAAAUGGAAAGAAAUGUCGAAAAAUUAUAAAACGUUUUAUGCAUAUCACGGAAGUCGUUUAGAAAAUGUUUACAGUAUGAUGCAUUUCGGUAUACAGCAACAGAUGUGCAAGAAUACAGCUUUAGGCAGUGGAUUAUACCUUUCACCAGAUUUAAAUGUAAGCUUACCACACAGUCACGGUGGGUUUGGGUGGGGUGCAAGUUGCAUUGGUGGCCACUUGUCCUGCAUUGCUAUGUGUGAAGUCAUCGACACGCCUGAUGGAAUUAAUGUUAGAAAACCUAUAACUGAUGAAGGUGAUGGUGUUAAUAAUGAAGGCACUAACCAACAAGUAAACUCUACAGACGUCAAAGCGUCUUAUUACGUUACUAAUAGCGAUUUACUUAGACUGCGUUAUUUACUGGUUUACGCAAAACAGCCUACUUCGAUAAGAUUUAGCACAACAAACUCUCAUAGACACGUAUCCUGCGGCACGAGGAGGGAGGUGGAAGAAGAAGAGGGACUAGAGGUGGGAGGUGAGUGUUACACUCCGUUCAGCGUGAGCAACCACGCCACGCUUAAUGAGGCCUGUCAUGAGAAGACGAGAAUGUUUUCUAGAUUUAGUAGUACUCAUUGA